GACGAGCGUGCUACGCCCCUCAAGGCGCGAGCUCGCACCUGUGUCCAAUCAACCGCGCCCGCCCAUACGAGGGGCCUCCCAUUGGCCUGCUCAUGCCGGGAGGCGGGGAGAGGAGGCGGGGCGUCGGGCUAGCACCUGGCCAAUGGGAGCAUCCACCGCGCGGGCCCCUGGUUGCCCGGGAAACCUAACAGCUUGUGGUCGCUGUACAUCGCUGGGUCGGACCCGGCGAAAAUGGACAGCCCCUCCGAGCACGCUGGGGACACUGCGAGCGCAGGCGAAGACGAGGACAGCCUGACCUCGCGCCCGACCGAGAUCACAGACACCCCUGGCCCCCAAACCCCCACCGAAUCCGAGGAGCUGCAGCUCGAGCUGGAGGCGUCGGAGGAGGUAGAGGUGGAGGCUUCGGAGCAAGGCGCCGCCGCAAACGAGCAGCCCGCGGCCCCGGAAGAGCUGGCGGCCACCGAGGCUGCGGGCGAGGACGAGCCCGGAAAGCUGGAGAGGCCGGCCGAGCCCGAAUCCGAGCCCAAGGAGCCCGCCGGGGCCGGGGCCGAGGAGUCGGCCAAGCCGCGUUCUGAAGGCGCCUCAGAGGAGGCAGAGGACGAAGAGAAGGGCGAGGCGGAGGAGCCCGUGAGGAAGAAGAAAGCCUCGUUCUGGGCAUCGCCGCAGCUGACCACGAUCUCCGAGGAGGGGGCGGCGUCCUGGCGGGCAGACCGAGAGCAAGCGAGGCGCGAGGAGAAGGGGACGGACGAGGAGCUCGGGGGCCAGGGUGGGGACGGUCCCCAGCGGAAGAGUGAGAAGGAGCGGAUACACUGGAGCCUGGGCAGGGAGGAGGACGAGGAGUGGUCGGAGGAGGUGCAGAAGCUGCAGGAGCAGCAGCUGCGUAGCGAGCUCCUGGAGCAGUACCGCGCCCUGGUGGUGGAGCGCUCCCGCUACCAGCGCUACAACAUGUACCUGCAGCAGCAGAUCUGCGAGGCGCUGCGUAGGAAGAAGGGCCUGGACUCUGCAGCAGGGCCGCCAGACAAGGGCCCGGAGCCCGGGGCCCCCGAGAAAGAGCAGACGUACUGGCGCUAUCUGGCCACGCUGGAGGAGCUGAGAAAGCAGGAGCUGGACGACCUGGAGUGGUACCAGAAGGAGGUGGGUCGGCUGAAGCAGCAGUGCCAGGAGCAGCUGGCCGGGGUGCAGAAGGAGUGGCGCCACUUCCAGGCCACCAAGAAGCAGGUGGUGAUGCAGGCCAUGGGCAGCUGUCGCAUGUGGGGCGGGCGCCAGGCAGCUCUGCGAGAGGUGGAGCAGAUCCAGGCCCUGGAAGACAAAAAGGAGGAGGAGAUGAGCGCUGUGCGGCUGGAGAACGUGCAGCUGAAGCAGAGCCUGGCGCAUUUCAAAACCAGGAUGCGGGCCCAGGAGGACUUGGCGGAGGGGCUGCUCCUCAUCGACUUCGAACAGCUGAAGAUUGAGAACCAGUCCUUCAAUGAGAAGGCUGAGGAGCGGACUGAGGAGGUUCUGAAGUUUCGCAGCAAGGUGACCAGCAACGUGCAAAUCAUAUCCCACGCGAAGGAAAAGUUGCACUUCCUGGACAUGAGGAACGCGCACAAAAAGAUGGAGCUUUUGGGGAUCGAGGCUCAGGUGGCCUUGAGAAGGGACAUCCUGACCAAGACUAAGCAAGCCCGCGACAGUCUGCGGGUGGACAACCACAGGCUGAAUCAGAGGUGUGGGCUACUGGGCCAGGAGUCACUCCUCCGAGACUUGGAGGAGAAGGUGGACAAGACUGAACUGCUCAGCCAGCGCCUGGAGUCCCUGAAGCGCCACCACGCGGGGCUCACUUUGUCCUGCAAAGGCGUGAAGCAGAAGAUCAGAGAAGCCAAAGCCUUCCUCCCCUCCUGACCACGCCAGCCCAGCCAACUUUGACCUUCAUUCGCUUUUAAUCUCCGUUGCUGCCAUUCCUUGAGACCUGUUGUACUUGGGACACAACUAUAUCUUUUUCUCAUAAUUUUUCAACUUCUGAAUUAGUGCUGAGCCCAAACUUGGCUUAGCAGUUUUGUAUGGGAUUAAGCAAGAGAGGCCUAGAGAGACAAAAAUGGGUGAUUGAAUGUAAAUGACUUCUCACAAAAAGCUCUCAAAAAUCUUUUCCUAGCUGAGCAAUUCUGUAAUUUCAAGGAUUUAAUACUAAAAAAAUACUGUUCCCUCUUCUUUAUGUAAGGAGAUUUUAAAAGCUGAAUCAGUGGGCAGGGUACAGAAAAAUUCCUGUGUGUUAACCAAAGUAUUAAAUUCUCUUCGUACUACUAAACUGUGUAGUCCUAAAUCUCCCUCUCAACUAGAAAGUACAUCGCUAAUUCCCUUAAUCUUAUUUUGUACAUAAUCAGUACUGGGAUUAUUUUUAAAAAUCCAGAAGCUGGGCAUGGUGGUACACACCUGUGAUCUCAGCCCUCAAGAGGCUGAAGCAGGAGGAUUGCAGUGAGUUUGAGGCCAGCCUGAAUUACAUACCAAGAUCUUGUCUCAAAACAAACAAAAAAGUUUGUUUAAUAAAAUGCAGAAACAGAAGAGGUGAUCAACAGGAAAAGGAGCUGAUGUUCUAUCAUCUUCCUCUUCACUGGAGAAAGCUCAGUCUAGUUAUAGUAAUCAGUAGUGUCUGUUUCUGCCUCACUAACAGUCUUGAGUAGGAAUUCAACAUUUUCCUGGCUCCUCUGAGGAAAUGCACUGAUUUUCACACACAAAGACAUUUUGUUUUCCGGUUUUCAUUUUGGAAAACAAAAUGGUGACUGUAUUGUUCCACCAGGUGCAAAGAACAUGGAGCAGUGACCGCUGCCAGCACAGAAGACGGCCUGUGUGUUUAGCUGGGUGUGGAGCCAGGACAGAGCACCUCCUGUUCCCACACUGAAGUGGGUCAGGAGAAAGACAACCCGCUUUCGGUGCCGAACACUUACCGGAUGGCAGAAACCCCACUCUGCAGGUGGCUCAGCCGGCUGUCGGUUACUGGUGCUGUGUCUUUUGCUGACAUGGUUUUAUUUUCUAGUAUAUUCUCUCUGAAGUCAAUGAAAGUUCAGUUCUUUUUGAAUGCCAUGGCUUGAAUACACUUUUUGUGAUACCACAUGAACAUAAUGAGGGGAAUAAAAAACCUCUGACUUGGCUUCCAUUCUCCCUCUUUCUUGCUAUAACUGGCCUUCUACCCUGCCAUCGCAGCCCAGGUGAAACACCAAACCACUAGCAAAUGGAACUAUCUCCCUGUGGCUCGGUUCCCCUGCCGGGGACACUUCCCAGUGAAACUGGCCAUGGUGCUCAGGGUCGGGACCAAGCAAGUAGCUUUUGCUGGAAUGCUGCCCUUUAGCUCCUGGGUUCACUGCAGCGGAAUGUGUAUUUUCAGCAGAUUUUGACCUGGCAGCGGUUGGCCCCCUGGCCAGCCUGUAACCCGGGGACAGGCAGAUCCCUUAGAGCUCCGAUGAACGAGAAGUUUGCUGAAACUGGUGUUGCUUUUGGCUGCAAAGCAAGUGAAUCCUACAGCAACAACUACACAGUCACCCGUUUUCUCAUUACAGAACCUCGUGCUGGAGAUGGUACAAUUAAUUAGAAGAAACUCUUGGGCUGAUUACCUCCUAAUGUGGUUCUCUAAUUAGACUACAAGAGAGUAAUCAUGAGAGAGACACAUUCACAAACUGUUUCAGACAUACCUUUGGAGGCAGAAUCUGCAGACCCAAGUGCUCUCUAUCCCUGAGGUCGCCUCGCACAGCUGUCUGCAGCCCACAGAGGCCGUGUCCAGCCCCACCCAGCAAUCAGCCACAGCGAACGUCUCCUGGGCUAUCUUGCCCUGCUAAGACCAAGUCCCCGAAAGCCAAGGACUUGUCUCACCCUGGCCAGCAGCCAGCAUAGAAAAGUUGCUGAGUUCAUACAUCAGUGCAGUGCCAAACUCUUCUGUCUUCUGCACAGAAGUGCUCUUUGAGGGCCAGGGAAUUAGCUCAGUGGUGCUGUGCCUGCCUUACAAGUGCAAGGUCCUGAGUUUGAUCCCCCGCAUCCCCAAAAAAGUGUUCUUUGAAUGCCUAUAGUGGGUCAGGCAUUGCUAAGUCCUAUGCUGGGCUGGAAGAUAAUGACAGGCAGGAUGAGGAUGGCACUGAGGAGGGCAAGUGGUGAGGCCCAGACUCACAGUCUGGGAAGGGAAUGUCGGACCCAGCAGGGACUGCACGACCCAACAAGGCCCACUGCUCCAGCAGGGCUACCGGCAAAGUUAGACUUGGCUGCUGUCCUUGCCCAGGAGUACAGGGCCUGAAAACAAGGAAACACUUUUCCUCUGUAAGCAAAAAUCAAUUUUGGUGACUUACCCCUGCACUUGAGGCUUCUCAGUCAUGCAAGUGGAAAAACAUACUCUCUUUCUGCGUAAGUCCCCUGAAACCAUGAUUUAGGGUUUUGGCAUUGAGAUGGGGUGCCCGUCCAUAUAGUAAUGUCAGGGCCAAUGCACCCCAACUGUGCUCUUGUGAUGUGACUGUUCAGACUGCAGCAGAGUGAUGAGUCCCCGAACGUUGGGAAUGAAAAGGCAGCACGAAUCUCCCUCCUCCCAAGAGAUCCUCUAGUUCUUACCUAAAUAACCAGUGACCAUUCGAUCCCCGGCACCAAAAAAAAAAAAAAAAAAA